AUGAUUUUAAGAAAAAAAAAAAAAAGGUCCGGUAUCCUUGUCUCUGCUGCACUUCGGGUCAUGCACCCAGAUCUAUAUCGGGCUGGAAUCAAAACUCAAGUCCAGCUCGGUGAAUGGGCGACCCAGUAUCAGUUAGAAGACAUGUGCCAUCAUCUCAAACAUUGGGCAUCUGUCUUCAAUGUAGUGUCAGUCAUUUGCAAUCGCCGGUCACCACCUCAUAGAGAUCCGAAAUGUCGACCGGAGGCAUUUGAUAUUAUGACAACCGCAGGUGUUUAUCAUCCAGUCAUAAUGGAUUUCAUGAAUCUCGGCAUCAAGUUUCUAUAUGACUCCGGGUCAAUGUUGGCCUCAUCAUGUUGCCUUGUCAGACAUCACAUGCAUGUUCAACAGGGUAGCUGGAUUGUCACUGCGUGGUACAUGCGAGAUAGUAUCCAUAAUUUUGUUGGAACUCCAAGGACAGACUAUGCAAAAUAUGGCAAUGUACAACGCAGUGACCCGGUUGAGAAGAAAGAUGUUUAG